CUCGAACUCAAGGCUCUUCAAGCUUCUGCCACUGCUAGUCUGGCUUUCGGGGAACUUGUCCGCAGGGCGGAACAGCACCGCCUCGAGAAGGCCAAAUCCGACGAGGUGACGAGGAAGCUCGUUGCAAACAAUACCGAGGCCAUACGGCAGCUGGCAUGUUUGGAGGAGGCCCUCCGGGUGGCUGAGCGGAAGCUGGAGGCCGCCAAGAAUGAGGGCGUGGCCGAGGGAAUCGCCAAAGGGAAAGCUGAGGCCGAAGAGAUUGCCGCCGCUGCCGCCAAAUCAGCCGCCGAGGAAGCAGAAAGUUCCAAGCGGGAGGCGGUCGCUAUGGCCAAGAAGGAGGCUGUUGAUGGCUUCGUAGCCGGGGGCUGGAAAUCUGAGGGCCUGGAGCAAUGGAGGGAAUCAGUGGUGGAGUCCUCGGUGGAAGCUUGGGUGAAGGGCCCCGGGGCGAUGUGGUUGGCCCGGAAGGGGAAG